AUGAGCCUGGAACUGGACCCCGCAUCCACCUACCCCAACUACAACCUAGGCUCCUACUCCCGCCCUAUAACCACCAGCUCCCACUUAGCCCAAACACACUUCACCAACGGCUUGAUCUGGAGCUACGCAUUCAACCACUCGGAAGCAGCAACAUGCUUCACUCUCGCCACCCGCGCCGACCCGACCUGCGCAAUGGCGUAUUGGGGUCUCGCCUACGCUAUGGGACCAAACUACAACAAACCAUGGGAAUACGUCUCUUCUCCCGAGCUGGAACAAGCUCAAGCGGCUGCUAAAAAAGCAAAGGAAUUGGUCAUGUUGGAUGGCGUGAACGUGGAGCCCGUUGAGAGAGCCAUCAUCGAAGCGCUACAGCAUCGGUACCACGUGGAUGUUCAGCUGGAGAUGAGGAAUAAAGCAUACUCAUCCGCAAUGGAGCAAGUUCACGCCGACUUUCCAGAAGAUCUAGAUGUGUGUGCCCUCUACGCUGAUGCGCUCAUGAACCUGACUCCCUGGGCGCUCUGGGAUCUACCCACCGGUCUCCCCUCACCAGGCGCCUCAACCCUGACCAUAAAAUCCACCCUCGAAACCGCCUGCUCCCUACCAGGCGGCCUCCAACACCCAUCUUUGUUGCACCUAUACAUCCACCUCAUGGAAAUGUCUCCACAUCCCGAAAUAGCCCUCAGGCACGCCAACAAACUCCGUGAUCUCGUGCCCGACGCAGGACAUCUACAGCACAUGCCCACGCAUAUAGAUAUCCUAUGCGGCGACUACGCAUCCACCAUCUCCUCCAACUGGGCCGCUGUUCUCGCGGACGAGAAAUACUUUUCUCAGCCGCGAGACGGGGGAGAAAGUGGAGGGGGUUUUUAUACGUUGUACAGAAUACACAAUCACCAUUUCAAGAUAUACGCCGCCAUGUUCGCCGCCCAGUCCCACGUUGCACUAACAACCGUCCAUGACCUCGAAAACAUACUAAAGGAGGAAGUCAUCCAGUCCAUGCCGGAUUUUUUAGAAGGGUUCGGGGGCAUAGGCGUCCAUGUCUUGGUGCGCUUCGGACGGUGGGCCGAUCUUUCAACUCUCCCACUCCCUGCCAACCAAGACUUAUACCGCGUCACGACAGCGAUGAUACACUACGGACAUGGCGUCGCGUUCGCUGCUACCGGGCGAAUCCAAGAGAGCGCAAAAGAACAAGAGUUAUUCAGGCAAGCAGUCCUCCGGGUCCCGGAAUCGCGAACGCUGUUCAACAACAAAUGCAUCGAUAUCCUCGCCAUAGCCGCCGCGAUGCUAGACGGAGAACUCGAGUACCGACGCGGGAACUUCGAUGCCGCUUUCUCAUAUCUGAAGAGGGCUGUUGAACUAGGUGAUGCGCUACCGUACGACGAGCCGUGGGGCUGGAUGCAGCCGACUCGCCAUGCGUACGGAGCGUUGUUGUUGGAGCAGGGAAAGACGACGGAGGCUUUGCAGGUGUAUGCUGCGGAUCUGGGCUUUGAUGAUAGCGUGCCGAGACCGCUGAGACAUUUGAAUAAUGUGUGGGCGUUGAGCGGGUAUCAUGAGUGUUUGGGUAGGCUUGGGAUGGAUAGUGAGGCGAGGAAUCUGGAGCCGCUGCUGAGAAAGGCUGUGGAUGGUGCUGAUAUACCUAUUAAAUCAUCUUGCUUUUGCCGCCUCACGGAAGCCAAGGUGGCCAAAUGA